GCUCAGCAUAUUACGAUAAUGUCCGUCCCUUGGCCUACCCGGACUCGGACGCUGUGCUCAUCUGCUUUGACAUCAGCCGCCCGGAGACCCUGGACAGUGUGCUCAAGAAGUGGCAAGGGGAAACUCAGGAGUUCUGCCCCAAUGCGAAGAUUGUGCUGGUCGGCUGCAAGCUGGACAUGCGGACAGACUUAAACACGCUCCGGGAGCUUUCCAAGCAGCGCCUCAUCCCUGUGACGCACGAGCAGGGCAGUGCGCUGGCACGGCAGAUUGGAGCAGUGGCCUAUGCAGAGUGCUCCUCCAAGGUCUCAGAGAACAGCGUACGGGAUGUGUUUCAUGUGACCACGCUUGCCUCGGUCAACAGGGUGCACAAGAACUUGAAGCGCAGCAACUCCAAACGAGGACUGAAGCGGGCAUCACAGAUGCCCGGUAGGACGGACUUACUGAGUGACACAGAGAUCAGGAAAGACCGAGCCAAGAGCUGCUCCAUCAUGUGA